AUGGCCGACAGCAAACCCAAUGGUGUCCUCGAUGAUGCCUCGAGUAAGGCACCGGCAGGCAUCAUCAUCCCGCCAGCCGGAGUGAAGACACAAAUAGAAAAGGCGGCGGGUUACGUCGCCAGAAAUGGUGCUCAAUUCGAAGAACGGCUAAAGACUGGUGAGUCGAAAGCGAAGGUAUCAUUCGUCCUCGACGACGAUCCCUACAAUGCCUACUACCGCUGGAGACUGGAAGAGAUCAAAGCUGGACGUGGGAAUGCUAUCAGUGCUGGGCGGGAGAAUGAAGCGGCUAGUGGUGGUGGAACGGGUGUGAGCAGUAAAGGCAGGGAGGAGAGGAAAGGCCCGGAUAAGCCCGAAGAGUUUGUGUUUUCGGCCCGGAUGCCGAAUAUCUCUGCUCAAGAUCUGGAGAUCGUGAAGUUGACGGCCAUGUUUGUGGCGAAGAACGGACGAAGCUGGAUGACCAACCUUUCGCAAAGAGAAGCGGGAAACUUCCAGUUCGAUUUCCUGCGACCGCAACAUAGUCUUUAUCAGUUCUUCACGCGAUUGGUGGAUCAGUAUUCCGAGCUUCUGCAGGGCGAGAGCGUGGAUGGUGGACGACCGCAGAAGAAGAGGAUAGGAGAGCUGGAGGCAAAUGUGGAGAACAAAUUCCGAGUUCUGGAGAAGGCGAAGAAGAGGGCGGAGUAUGUGAAGUGGCAGGAGGCGCAGAAGGUGGCGAAAGAGGAGUCGGAGGAGAAGGAAAAGGUUGCUUUCCAACAAAUCGACUGGCAUGACUUUGUCGUUGUCGAGACCGUGAUGUUCGAUGAGCGGGACGCAGAGGCUCAGCUUCCACCUCCAACCACACUCAACGAUCUCCAAUCCGCAAGUCUGGAGCAAAAGGCGAAAAUGUCGAUCAACCCCAAUAUGCGCCUGGAAGAGGCCUUCCCGUCCUUCGACGACAACAAUGGCGUAUAUGGUGCUACUCCUCAGCAGCAACAACAACAACAACAACAACAGCAACAACAAUAUCAGACACCCUACACCCCACCCAUACCCCAACCAGCCUGGCAACCACCCCCAGGCGCCGACGACCAAGCCGGCCGCCUAGCCGAACUCCGCAUGAACCAAGACCGCGCCCGCCUCGCUCAAGAAGCCGCCCGCACCAGCACCCCUCAACAAAAAAUCCGAACCGACUACGUCCCCCGCGCCGCCGCACAGCCAAAAUCCCGCCAACCGCCCGGAACAUCUCUGUGCCCUAAUUGUGGGCAAUUCAUCCCCGACGUGGAGAUAGCAGAACACAUGCGCAUCGAAAUGCUGGACCCGCUGUGGCGGGAUCAGAAUCGGAUUGCCGUCCAGAGGAGCAGUACGACGAAUUUGAGUAUGGGGGAGGUGGCGAAUAAUUUAAGGCGGUUGGCGAGUCAGAGGGGGGAUGUCUUUGAUGCUGUUUCGGGGUCUGGAUCGGCGGAGGAGGAAGAGAGGCGGAAGAGAGCGAUGCUUGAGGGCGGGGUGGGGGUGCCGGGUGGACAGGUGCAGGCGCAGCAAGGGCAAGGUGCGGCGGGUGGGGAUGUGCAGGAGCAGAUUCGGCAGUUGCAUCAGAGGUAUAGGGGUUGA